AUGGGGAUGGAUAUGAGAGGGAGACAGAGAGAUGGGGAUGGACAAGAGGGAGACAGCGAGAAGGGACUGGAGGAGAAGGAGGCAGAGAGACGGGGACAGAGGCAGAGAGAAGGGGACAGAGGCAGAGAGAUGGUGACAGAGGCAGAGAGACAGGGACAGGCAGAGAGACAGGGACAGAGGCAGAGAGACAGGGACGGAGGCAGAGAGUCGGGAACGGAGGCAGAGAGACGGGAACGGAGGCAGAGAGACGGGAACGGAGGCAGAGAGACGGGAACGGAGGCAGAGAGACGGGAACGGAGGCAGAGAGACGGGAACGGAGGCAGAGAGACGGGAACGGAGGCAGAGAGACGGGAACGGAGGCAGAGAGACGGGAACGGAGGCAGAGAGACAGGUUGGAGGAUGGAGGAAGGAAGAAAAUAUGAGCGAGGUAGAGAGAUUGUUGCAAGAGUGGUAAAUGGCACAUACAAGGGAAAAAGGCCAUAA